AUGGCACCUCAGCGUAGGAACUCUCAGCCUUCUCAGGGCGACGCACCAGAUAUCGCCAGGGCGAUAGAAGUGAUGAUGGCUGCUAUGACACAGCAGAGUACAGCGAUGAUGCAACAACAUGAAGCAUCAUUGCAGCGACAAGCGGCAUCGCUUGAGCAGCAACAACUGGUGAUGCAGCAGAUGGAGGCUGCUAGGGAAUGGAGUCUGGAGGACUUCCUGAAGCACCAUCCAGUCAAGUUCAAUGGAAAGACCAGUCCGGAUGUCGCAGACCAGUGGCUGAAGGACAUUGAGAGAAUAUUCGAUGCCAAGAUGUGCCCCAAGGAGAGUAGAUUGGCCUUUACGGUGUACAUGCUCAUAGGUGAGGCUGAGCACUGGUGGGUCAGCAUGAAGUCCAUCAUGGAGGAGAGGCAGGAACCAGUUACUUGGGAUGUCUUCAGGAGAAAAUUUCUUUCCGAGUACUUCCCUGACAGUGUCAAAUAUGCCAAAGAGGUGGAGUUUCUACAGUUGACUCAAGGGAACAAAUAUGUGGCUGAGUAUGCAGAAAAGUUCAAACAUCUCAGUCGUUUCUACACCAUGUCGCUGGAUGAAGAGUGGCGAUGCAGGAAAUUUGAGAACGGACUCCGAGGAGAUCUUCGUUUGAUGGUGGCCCCGCUAUCCAUCAAGGACUUUGCAGCCUUGGUGGAGAAGGCAAGGGUCAUGGAGAAGAUGAAGGUGGAGGUGGAGACUCAGCACCCACACCAAAAGAGAGUGGGAUGA